AUGGAUAAGGAGAAUGCGGCACCAUCAUGUCCAUGUUCGUCCGUCAAGGAGAAGGAGUCCAAGACUGACCAGGAUGAUGACGACCAGCAACGGCGUUCCGAUGGUGGUGCUGGCUUUGCGGAUUUAGCUCGUCUUUUUAAAGAGAAACUCCUGUUGGAAGCAUCUGCGCCUCCGCCGGCGACUAAGGCAUUAGUUCCUGAAACGUCUAAGGCAAACGGUAAACGUCGCAGUCGCAGCAAAACUCGCCAGGGAAACGAGUUCCCAAUGUCCAGCUGCGAAUCGGAAGGUAACGAAGACCGUCCGAUCCAACGCCGUCGUCGCAGCAAGUCGCAUCCUCGCAGUGCUGUUCGUCGUCGUGGAAAAUCCAAGCACUGCGAUCCGGUGGCUUUGUUUCAGUACUACCAGAAGGAGUGGGCCCAUUUCCGCGGCCAGAUUCCCGGCGAAAAUGUUCACGUGAAUGGCCGCUUCGGGGUUCGCCACAAACCAAUGGAUCCAAAGAAGUGA